AUGAUGAUGAUGAUAAGGAAGAAGCAGAUGCAGAGAUUAAGCGAAGAGAAAAAAGAGGUUGACGGAAUCUGCACGGCGGUUGACUGUGGGAGGCUUCUGUUUGCGAUCUUCAGUCGCCUCGGAGGCUUCGAUAAGACUCUUGCAGCGAGCACCGAUGAGUUGAAGGCCCUUUUCGACGAUAAUAAGAGGACGAGAGAGCUAACGGGGAGGGAGGACUACAGGACAGAAGCCAGAGACCAAACACAGAGACGCCUGGGAAAAGGGAAGCUCUACUUCAAGGAUGAGACCGAGAAGACGGAUGCUAGUCCAUUAUUGCUGCUCUGGCUAGCUAUGAUACUGCUUGAUGUGUUGGUGCUGGUGGCUGCACCUCGUCUACGCUUGCUGAAGCCCUGCUCGGAAGGAAGACACAGGUCCAGCUCGACAACGUCUAUCUGGCUUGUUGAUCUUGUCCUGCUGGUACAAUGCUGUCUCUUGGAGAAUGGCUGGCCUCAAUGGCCUAUAAUAGCCCCGUCUACAUUCCUUAACAAGGGCAUUCAAUGUGAAGAUGCUCCUACAGAACGAUACCCACAUAUCCUGAUGGCUGAGUAUAGUGAAUACUUGCUCUGGCCGGGAUAUAUUUGCUCUCUGUUGCUUCCGCUGCUUUCCUAA